GCUCAAAUCCGGCUCACUUCCGGAGCUAUAUGGAUGACGUGGCGCUUCCAACCCAUUCCUGCCACACACGCUGCCUCAAGAACACGCGAAGAAACUAUCUGUGUCAGUGAGAGUCUGUGAGUGUCUCGACCCCUGCCCCGCCUAACACCCCGACUCAGGAACACGUGAAUAAACUGUCCGUGUCUGUGAAAGUCUGUGAGUGCCUUUGCGGCAUGUGGGACGUAUAACAGACUUUUGGGGGAGAAAAACAGGAAGUUAGAGAAAGGUAGUUUAAUGAAUAUAGUGACGUGAGGGCGUGUGUUAGCGCCUCACCUGUGCUGUGUUUGGGGGCGUGUACCUGUGCAUCGCUAACCGUUCACCGCCACUAGCAGCACCACCGCCACCGCCGCCCCCCACAAUGCUGCCCUCACCAGGACGCCUUCUCGCCCUCCUUGCCUGCUGCCUCGGCGUCACCCUCACCCCCGCUGCAGCUUAUCGUAAAGGCGUGUGGAGGCGCGUGGAGGCCGUUGUGGGGCGCGAGGUGGUGUUGCCCUGUGAAGUGCGUAACUUUGAGGCGUCAGACAUGGUGUACGUGGUGCUGUGGUACAGGAACGGCGACAAGGAGCCCAUCUACAGCUACGACAACCAGCCGGGCCGCCUGCAGGCCGCCGAGGAUCGCCACCUGGUCAAGAGUUGCCUGCUGCAGGGCCGCGCCACCUUCCGGCCGGGCCACCUGCCGGCGCUGCACAUCAAGCCGGUGGGGAGCAGCGACCAGGCCAACUAUACCUGCAGGGUAGACUUCCGGAUAGCCACGUCGCGACGCACACACCUGAGUCUCCACGUGGUGGUGCCACCGGAACCACCCGUCCUGAGGGCCGGGGGUCAGCGGGUGACGGACGGGGUGUUGGGGCCGCUGCAGGAGGGCGGUGCCUGGGAGAUCACCUGCAGCGUGGCGGGCGGCGACCCUCCGCCCUCCGUUGUGUGGAGGUGGGAUGGGGAGGUCCUGGACGACACGUCGGAGUCCCGGUCCCCGGCACUUACGGUCAACCGGCUGAGCAUCCUCCGGCUCACGCGGAACUACCACAACGCCAGACUCAAAUGCCUUGCCUCCAACAACAACGUCACCAGCCCCACCAGUGCCUCCGUCACCGUCAAAAUGAACCUGUGGCCCCUGGUGACGAGGAUAGAGGUCCCCCCCAAGUGGGUUCGGCUGGGCCGCGAGUUCGUGAUCUCGUGCGUCGUGGCGAGGAGCAGACCACACCCCAACGUGACCUGGACGCUCGGCACGCCCACCAGCUUCACGCUCCUGCCGGCCGAGACGGAGCACGGGGUCAACGUGAGCACUUCGCGCGUCAGGGUGGUCGCCUCCAGCCGCCAUCAUGGACAGCGCCUCACCUGCACCGCCGUCAACCCGCUCUUCCCCGGCGCCAGACUCUCCGACUCCACGCUCCUCAACGUCACCUGCAGCCCCCAGGACGCCGGUGGUUUCUACAGCGAGCGGCACGAAGUCAUACCGCUGGCGAAGGGCUGCGUAACGAUUGCAUUUGUGGUCUUCGGCUGCCCGAGCGGCCGCGCCGGCAUUAGUGGGGCACUCGAGAAGGAGGAGGCCGAGUUUCUCGGCCAGGAGGGCGGAGAGCCAGGCCCCGCUGUGGGCCGCACUAGCGGCGAGGAGGCGUGCACGGUCGACUUGGUUGGCUUCGCGAAGAAUUUUGUCCAGGCGAUGUCCAGGCGAGUGUCCCCCGUCCUCUGGGUGAUAUGCUUCCCAAUGUCCUUGAUUAGGUCGCUGAAGGCAGCGCCCUACAGCGAGCGACACGAAGUCCUACCGCUGGCUAAGGCCUGCCCACCUAGCACGUCUGCUGCCUCCUACGGAGACAGCAUGCAGGCCAUCCGCCAGGGACGGCAGCUCAAAGCGGAGAAAACGAUAACCCGCCGUUCCAGCCAGGUCAUGACACGGCACCUAGCGGUGACCUGCGACAACAGAGUCGCCAAUGCAGGAUAA